AUGGGCUCAAUCGGAGAUACCAACUUUGUUUUGACGGCAGAGGCCCUCAAUAAGGCCCUGCCCGACAUGCACCCUUCAACAAGAGGUAUUCACGCCGACGACUUCUUCACACCUCACCGAGCCAUCGCUCCUGGCAUGCACACAGCGGUGAAUUUCCGCUACGCACGAGACGCAGAAGACCUAGUCCCAGAAGAAAACAACGAUCCAAACAACCCAAAUGACUCCCACGUAUAUUCCCGCUAUACCGCUCCCAACUCUAAGCGACUAGAAGUCGUGCUACGCAGCCUCAUGAGCGGCGAAGUGAUCACAUACUCGACCGGACUCUCAGCAUUUCACGCAAUGGUCAUCCUCCUCAACCCCAAGAAGAUCUUCAUCGGAGACGGGUAUCAUGGAUGCCAUGGCGUCUUGGAUAUCAUCCAACGAUUAUCAGGAAUUCAAAAACUAGAGUUAACGGAUGUUGAUCAAGCUGGUCCGGGCGAUAUUAUCCACGUCGAAACACCACUUAAUCCAACCGGCGAGGCUAGAAACCUGGCUUAUUACCGAGAGAAAGCGACUGCAAAGGGUGCAUACUUAACAGUUGACGCAACAUUUGCUCCUCCCCCGCUUCAAAAUCCCCUCGAUCUUGGAGCCGAUAUAGUGAUGCAUAGUGGAACAAAGUAUGUCGGUGGCCACUCGGAUAUGUUAUGCGGAAUGCUGGUCCUUGCUCCUGAGCGAGUGAAGGAAGGAUGGUUGAAAACAUUACAUACAGACCGCCAGUACAUCGGUAGUGUGAUGGGGAGCUUUGAGGGAUGGUUGGGUAUUCGCUCUGCGCGCACAAUGCAGCUUCGGGUAAUGAAGCAGGCAGAGACGGCUACGAAGCUUGCUGCUUGGUUACAGGACCAGGUGAAUGAUGCGAAGUCUCCGGUCUCGAAGGUUGUUAGUCAUGUUCAGCAUGCUUCGCUUCAGAAGGAGGAUUUGGAGGAUGGUUGGCUGAAGAAGCAAAUGCCUGGUGGCUUUGGACCGGUGUUCUCAAUUUGGACUCAUAAUCCGGAGCAUGCGCGUCGGUUGCCGACAAGAAUGUAUGUUUUUCAGCAUGCGACUAGUUUGGGAGGUGUGGAGAGUUUGAUGGAGUGGCGGACUAUGAGUGAUAAAGGAUGUGAUAGGCGGCUGCUGCGGGUUAGCUGCGGUAUUGAGGAGUUGGAGGAUUUGAAGGCGGACAUUCUGCAGGGACUGGAGUCGCUGCUGCGUGAUUUUCCUAACUAA